CAAAGUUACUGGAACAGACAAAAUCUAUCUGUCAUGUCAGCUGAGUGAGUGAACAUUGAGUUGAGAAAUGGUAGCCUUAUGCAGUUUUUUGAUUAUGGAUUAAAAUUACCACGUAUAGUCUGGAAAAUAUUCCAUUGCAAGGAUCUGGUGAAAUUAUAUUCAGAAUGUAUGUCAUUUGUUUAAGAUUAUUUUUUUGUGACAGUGAGAACCUUCUAUAACGUUUUGCGUUAUUACCAGACUACCUUUAAUGGAUACAUUGUACAUGGUUGAUAAGUUGAACAGAUAUAGUCUUAAGCUGUGAUUGUAACACACUGCCAAGAUGUUGUAUGUAUUUCAUGUAGAUGCUGGUCAGAUGACCACAUAUGACAUGAGUCUCACAUUGCAAAAUGUGGCAAGCUUGAAAAUGGCAAUAGAAAAAAAGACUAAAGUGCCAGCAACUUCUUUAGUGCUGCUUGUUAGUGGAGGAGAAGUCCUUCAGUCCGACCACAUGGUGUCUUCAUAUAGUGCUGGCACUGACACUAAUCCUAUAUACAUGUUUAGCAAACCAUCUGUUAAAGAGAGCCGUUUGAAUCAAUCCAUGUGUGAUCUGAGCCCUAUUGUGGAGUUAAGCACUGGAGAGUUUUCGAGUGACUCUAGGAGUGCAUUUGAUAGCAAAUCAGUGGCAGAGCUGAAAGCUCAAGUGGAUAAGUGUUGUUCAAUGUCCACAACAGUGCACACUGUGAAGACUUGUGCAUCUCUCGCACAGCAGUUUAGCGACCUCGCGCAUGAAGUGUCCAGGAGUUGCGACCAGUUGGUGCAUGAACAACAUUUACAACAUCAGGGCUGGGCGGCAGUAGUCGCCAAUUUGGAGGACAUAUUCAGUGAAUUUUGUGAACGGUCUCGAAAUUUUAAAGAAUCCUUCAGGAAGCACAGGUUAAAAAAACAAGAAUACCACGAGAAGUUGAGCACGUUGAACGAAGUUUUAGAAUCUCUAGGUAAAAUACCGUUAUUGCCUGCGUUGCAACAUAAUGCUGAAGCGCAUCGGUUCUCGGCGUUCGAUGUGUUUGAGGAGGCAGAAUUCGAUGGACAUCCAUACAGGAUCAGCCAGCCUUUCGACAACAGUUCUGAGAACAAAGCGACGCAGGAUUUCGGAGUGGAGGCGUUUAAAUUAUCGGAGGAAGAUGUGUUUGAACAAAAUGCUUCGACGAGUAAAGACACAGGCGCUGCUCAGUCAGGACCUGUCGAACAAAUCGAUCAGUCUGACGAAGGAGUCACGUUCAAAGCGCAUUCUUACGAGAGCAAGGAGGAGCCUACGUUAUUACACUGGAUACUGGCGCAAGGGAACAAGGCGUCCCUGCAAGACAUACUGGACUAUUGUCAAAAAGGAUUGGCAUUGCUUGAUGCCGAACCUUUGAAAGAGCGGGAAGCGGAGUUGUACAACAUACUGGAGUACGCGAAUAUGCACGGCCUGAAGCAUAUAAAGGGCAUCGAGGACCGCCUGUACGCGCUCGAUCAGCUACUGAACGAUGUGAAGAAACUAGAGAGAGACCAACACGAUCAAGCCGCGUCGCUCAUACAGUGUCGAGAGCGUUUCAAUUCGGCCUGGGACCCGUCCGUGCUCCCCACCUUGGUGCAGUCCCACUGGUGUCAACUGAAGAAAUUGCUGAAGGGCCACCAGACCCUCGUCGAUAUUAGACGACGCAUUGCCAAGUCCAAGGACGAAUUGUCGCACAUUUUGAAGGCUCGUUUAGAGGCGGUGCUGAUGAUCGAGAACUCGAUGUCGGUGCAGGACGCGCACGCGAUGCUGUCGUUCCAGUGCUUCGGGCGGCUGGCGCGCUACGUGCGCGUGCUGCGCCAGCUGCACCGCGCGCCCGCCGCCUUCGUGCGCGCCGCGCACGAGGUCGCGCGCCGCCGCGCCUUCUCGCGGCACCACCUCGCCUGGGCGACUGAUCUAGCAGAGAAACUGCACAAAAUCCACGAUGAGGAACUGAACAGACGCCAGGAGUUCAACGCCAUGUUCGAAGGUCAUUUCCUGAAGAGUCUGUUCCCUGGUAUGACGGAGAUACCGCCCGCGUUCGCGACUCAAGCGCCGCCGCCGUUCGAUGAGCGCCUGCCGAAACUCACCGACGCCGAUGUAGAAUAUAUUGCGAGCGCCUUCCCCGAAUUGGCUAAAGAUGUGCCGAAUUACGAUAUGGAAUCGACUAUCAAAUUUUUCCAACAGAGGAUCAGCGUUUCUAGUAGCGACGAAAAGGAUGUACACGUUCAAGUAGACUUCGACAGGGACUUUGAAUCAGAAACAGAGACGUGCGACUUCGAAAAGUUGAGCAGACAAAACGAAUCGAAGCGCAUCGACACGUCGACGACAUGCGCGCCGGAAACUAUGGCGGUAUCAACAGUGACUGAGGAUAACAUGGAUACACACAAAAUAAACAUCGAGAAAUUGCAAGAUUUUCUUAGAAAGUUGUAUGAUCUGUGCAAAAUGAAUGUGAUGUACAUAAUGGAAGAGUUGGUGACUCUCAAAUUAGAAAUAGACAAGCAGAAGAAAUAUGUAGCUGAGAAACACACAGAAAUAUUAGAAGCACUGGAGAAAUGCAACGAAGAAUCGGCAUUAAUGUUUCGUGAACAGGCACAGAGAUUGACUGUGGAUCAUGAACUGGAACUCAGUGAUAUGAAAGCAACUGUCAGUCGGAAAGAUGAAGUCAUUUCGUCAUUAGAAAAUCAAUUACAUAGCCAGAAGAUCGAGCAUCAAAAAGAUGUGGAAAGAUUAGAAAAGGAACACCAAGUCACAAAAGAAUUACUAGAGAAAACAAGAGAAGAAAUGAAAGGAUACAUGAAGAAAAUUGAGGAAAUGGAAGCGAUGAAACAAAAGGAAAUCAAAGAAUUGCAAGAGAAGAUGCAUAUGGAUUACAAGGCGGAGAUCGAAUCUCUGAGAUCUAGGUUCCGUCUAGUAGCGCUCACGAAUAUGGACAGGUCUCCAUCGGAAUCCAGCUUAGAGAAGAUAGAACGCACUGACGUCAUCGAGAUUUCCAGUCACAACGCGAUUGUGAUGCAGACGAAGGAAAAUGCUGAGGUAGAGAAGGAAGAAGCGGUGAGGCAAGCGGUUGCCAAGUGCGAGGCGGAGUGGAAACAGAAGUACGAAGCGGACAUCGCGCUGUUGAGGACUCCUCAUGAUCUUGAGAGACAAGUGUCAUUAACUGACGUAACUAGACGACUAUUGACGGAGAAGGAUCGUCAGUUAGAGUUGGCGCGUGAAAGGGAGCAGGCUCUGAUGCGAGAGAGCAUCAAGUAUCGCGACACGAUACAACAGCUCACGGACCCCGAGACCAACGAUUGUGAUGAGAUGCUCAAGACGCAGAUGGCAACUUUGGAAAAUGAGAAAGCGCUUCUGCAACAAGAGUUACAGGAAUUAAAGAAGGAAUUGGAGAAGAAAUCUGAGGAAGGAGAGAAAAGCAGAGAAGAUGAUAGCGACGGCAGGUCGUCGCCCAAGAAGGAGGAGUGCAGCGUGCGGCGGCGCGGGCGCUCGCACACGCCGCUGGGGCUGGCGGCGGGCGCGCUGGCGCUGUCGGCGUGCGCGCCCGGCGCCACCGUGCUGGUGCUGUGGGACCCCGCGCACCUCAACUACACCGUGCUGCAGGAGGCGCAGAUAAUGUUCUUUGUACAUAGCGAUUGCUUGCCGGCGCUAGAUCUCAGUAUACAAGUCAAGAACGAAAGUGAAAGACGACUCUACGCGGUUGCCGUUGUCGAGUCUAAGGAACAUUGCUAUGCAAAGAAGAGCGGGAACCGUUACAACAUGCCGCGCGGGUCGCGGUUCUGUCGCGUGCGAGUGAAGCCGGCGCGCCUGCACCCGCCGCCCUGCUGCAGCGCCGACCACAAGCACAAGGAUGCAAUGAAGGGCGGUAUGCUGCCCGUGUUCAGUGGAAAUCGACCGCUCAAGAAAUGGUUGACCUACAUGCAUGCCCCAGACAUGCAGAAAUCGGUGGACACGAGUCAAUCGACGAGCUCGAACACGGACGAGGCGAAUAAAGUGUGCGAGGUGGUGACCGGCGCGCUCAUCAACCUCGAGUCGCCCGUCUCCAGCAGCGACGCCGCCUCCACCAGCAGCGCGCCGCCGCCCCCCGAGGACCAGCUCGACUCCAUCGAGGCCGGCGACCACUGGCACGCCGCCAAGAUGCAGCUCUCUACUAUUAGUGCUGUUACGGACAUGGAGUGCAGCGUGGGGCGUUGCGCGGAGCCGCUCGACCCGUGCGUGGAGGCGACCGCGCUACCGAGCGAGGAGCCGAACGUGGCGCCGAGCGUGGAGCCUAGCAUGGAUCCGAGCGUGCAGCCGAGCGUACUGCCGAGCGUGCAGGCGAGCGUGCAGGCGCGCGAGGAGGCCGCGCCCUGACCCGCGGCGGCCGGGCCCGCCCCCGCGCCGCCGACAGAUGGCGUUGCACCGCGGACGGCUUACCAGAUUUUGUGAAAACACCUUUAUUGUGCGACGAACGUUGCGAUCGUAUUGACGCACGGCCAACUCGCCAAGUGGAGAAAAACGCUCUGGAAGAUUUUACUGCGUAAUAACAACGAUUUAUAGCGCGUUUCACUUCCGUGAUUCGUCGAUAGUUGAUUAGGAUGUACGUUUAUGUUGUGUGGCGGUCGUGCUUUCUGCACCGCACGUGUUGUUUUCGAAUAACGGUUAGAAUAGCUGUUUAUGUUAUUAGUGUGGUUUCGCACUCUUUCUAAUAUAGCAAUACGAUAUUGUGUCAGAUUUCGGAGCGUCUAGUCGGUGUCUUCCACGGUUUUCGGAGCUUGAUUAUAAUUUACAUAUAAACAGAGUCCGUAUGUGACGUCGACCGGUUGCUUGAAAUGCAAGGAUAUUGGUAAUACAAAUACAUUAUAGAUUGAGUUUAUAGAUAGUAUAGUCCUACAUCACAUUACCUUAUACGUAUCUACGUUAUAUUUAUUGUUAGAUAUAAUGAAUCUUUAAAUUUUAGUAUAACGUAAUGAAUGUAUCUACUAUAUACUAUUUUUCUCUGAAAUGUACUGUUACAAAUGUGAAGUCACAGAAACUUUAUGAAUUAUUUAAUUGGACAGUGAUUUAUUCUCAAUAGUACAAAUUAUUUAGUCGUUUUGAAGGUUUAUGUGUUUAUUGCAAACGAUAUUCUAUUUUAAUAUUAUAUUUUCUACAUUGUGUUGUGUUAUGAAUUAGUUUUCUUUUGUAUAACGUCAGUUCUGUGACAUUUUUCAGUUAUGUAUAAUGGUAAAUCACAAUAAGUAUAAUGUUAUAGUAAUGUAGCGACACUAGGAACGGAAAAAUAUUGUGAUUCACAUAUUUCUCGAUUAUGAAUUUGGUUAUUUUAGUUUUUUGUUUAGGCAGCAAAUUAUGCUUUGGAACAUUAUUGUGUCGUGCAGUAUUCGCCUGUGUGCGUGUACAUACAUGUUCAAGCAAAUCACCAAGUGUAAGUUAGGAAGGGUAAAACUUGAUACCUGGCUUUGAUUAUUCCUUGUCAAGUCUAAAAUCUAUGGAAGAACGGUCGACAAUGCAUCGCCGAAUUUCAUCGAUAAAAUAGUGUUAACAUUUUACUUGCUUGUCGACCUGUUUAUCUAUGGAUGUUUUGCUUGCCUAUUCGGUAUGAAUGAUGGCAAUCUGCAACACUAGCGUGUUCAGCAUGACACAUAAUGCUUAUAGAUCUAUACACUAUUACUCUAAAAUUAGUAUCACUUAAUAUUGUCCUACCUCUAAGUCUUUUAUCUUUGUAACUAAGUCAUAGUCAUAUUUGUUUAGUAGGACGAAAGUUCCUCUUAGAAAUUUCUCUUAUAAGCUUCUUCUGGAUAAAGCUUAUGCAUUCGAUCUCGCUCCGUUCACCUGUACGUCUCGUAAUGUUUAAAAUUAGCUUUGUCACGUGGAGAUCGCCCGUGUUACACUCGCACUGUAGGCUGGCACGAUGAGAAGGUGAACACAGUCACAGACACUUGCGUCCGAACGUAUGUAAGCCUUUAACACUAAUGUGCAUCAGUUGAUUGAAGCGCAAAUCGUGGUUAUGGUUAAAAUUAAGAAGUCAUUGCUUCGAGUUAAAUUUAUUUGUGGCCUUAUUAUAGUGGCGCCCGCCGUGGGGCUACGGUUGUUUCCAGCUAUAUUUUCAAGUUAAGGAAAAUGCGGCUGGAAGCAUUGUUACUCGGCUACGGCCGAGAGCUGUGAUACUGCGUGCUGUGCUCUCCUCGACCCUCACCGGAACAUGCAAAUACGUUGCAGCAAAUAAUAUUUGUAAUAAUUAAUGUUAGGGCCUAUUUUUAAGAAUGUAAAUUUGAGGAAAGUUAGGCUGUUAUGUUUUGCUUCGGUUAAAGAUGUUACUGUUAACUCCCAGCAGAUAUAUCCGAGAAAAAAAUAUUGUGGAGUGAUCAGAACACCGCAUAAUAUGUUCUAAAUUAGAUUUAGCAUACAAUUCAUAUCAAUGAAGCACUUAUAUAUUUUAAAUGAUUUUUGUUUUUAGUGAAAAACGUUUACAAAUCGUAAAUUGUGUGUAAAUCGUUUGGUUUGGUAAAAUUUACAUUACACAAAAAAAAUGCAAUAUUAUUAAAGUUUCAUUUAAUUACUUGAACAUAAAAAAUGUUUGGUAGGAUUCGAUAGCCAAUCGUUGUUUGAAUUAAAAUGUUGAAACGUGCAUUCGUUUUUAUCGAGAUUAGUAAUAUAUUUUAUCCCUUCUAUGUCGAAGGAGACAGGCAAAAACAAGUCUUUUAAAGCCAUAAUUAUCUUUCUAAUCAUAUAAAGAUUUGAAUUUAACAUUCAUAACCAAUAUCGAUAAAAACUUGUGCAAUUUAUUGUGAUAGAAUAAUUUGUCGCAAUAAUCAGCAGCAAGCACAUUAUUCGGAAUGUUUGUUUUCGUACGGAAUGUUUGAACGAUGUACCGAUUCUUGUUGGAUAUGAUACGAGUGUUUGAGAAUCGUGUACACAGACAGGUAUUGGUUCGUUUGCCGUCAAUUAGGGAACGAGUCGGGUAAGAUAGCUGUUUCACUGAAUCAGUUGCGACGGCAAUUGCAUACAAUAAAUCGUGCGUUUGCUUCACAGACUAUGUUGUAGUGACCAAUUUUAUUAUUAGAAAACAAAAAAAUAUGUAAAAUUGACAAUUUUAAUGUAAUUUUUAUAUACAAUAAAUAGACGAUUUUAUACAAA